CGAUGACUGACAGGUGUAAUGCGGAAAGAGUAAGAUAACACGUGUUCUUGACAAGUUGUGGGUUCGGUAGAGUAUUCGACUUCUGAUUCUCUCCAUCACUUCUGCCAACACCUCGUCUGUUCACACACAGGACCAUUACGAUGAGUAUAUUUGCGUCCAAGACUGCCUUUGACGCACUCGAAGUUGAUGUCGGCGAAGAAAGCGAAGAGGAGACCGUGCUGGAGGUACCAGAAGUAACAGUAGAUCAAAGUCCUUCUGAAGUGCCUACUAAAUUAACAAAAACCGCGAUAAAAAAGGCUGCAAAGCUCGCUCGUCGUGAAGCAAAACAACAGAAGACCUUAGCAAAAAGCAGAGACGCUUCUCCGUCUCCUGCACCACCACAAACUCCGCCACCGGCCGAGGCCACAGCGGUGACGGAGACCCCCUCUGCUCCUCCUUCUAAUGUGCCAAAAGAACAUCCUAUUGUCGAAGAAGUUGUUCCCCCGGAGCGGGCACCACCACCCGCUGUUGUUGAAGUAGAGUCUGAACCCAAAGUCGCGCCACCACCCGCUGUUUCACAAACAAAAGAUUCGACACCAGUAAAUGGUAGUGCAAAGCUGACGCCUACGGCCGUAGCUGGUACCACCGAACCAGCAGAGCCGCCGCAUGUGAUUCCGCCCCAAAAAGCCGAGCAACCCCAGCAACCUACAAAACCGGAAGCGGCGGACCCUGAAGCGGCAAAGAAAAGGCAGAAUGUCGUGACACGGACGGUGUGGACGCUCAUCAUGAUAUUUGGAUUCAUUGGUCUGUUACUCAUGGGUCAUGGCUAUAUGAUUCUACUGGUUAUGCUUUGCCAGACCCUCGUUUACAGAGAAGUAACAGCCCUGUUUUCGUUGAAGGCAUCAGAUAUCAAAGCGUCUGCUCCAUCGGAUAUAAAGGAUCCCUGGAGCAAGACCCUCAACUGGUACUUUUUCGCUGUGACCAAUUACUUCCUCUACGGAGAGAGCAUCAUUUAUUACUUCAAGCAUGUGGUUUUCGCCGAUGCGCAAUUGCUUCCCUUUGCUACAAAUCACCGAAUGAUCAGUUUUAUGCUGUACACUAUCGGUUUUAUGGGAUUCGUCAUGUCUCUCAAGAAGGGCUAUCUCAAGCAGCAAUUCGGACUGUUCUGCUGGGUCCAUAUGACCUUGCUGUUCAUUGUCGUUUCGAGCCAUUUUAUUAUGAACAACAUCCUUGAAGGACUGAUAUGGUUCUUUGUUCCCGCGUCAUUGGUCAUCUGUAACGAUGUCUUUGCGUACAUCUGGGGCAAAACGUUAGGUCGGACACCGCUUAUCUCCUUGUCACCUAAAAAGACUGUCGAGGGCUUCGUCGGCGCGUUUUGGACCACCCUUCUUUUUUCUCUCGUGUGGGGCUCGUUCUUUAUGAGGUUCAAGUACAUGAUAUGUCCCGUGCAUGACUUGGGCGUCAGCGCUUGGAGUAACGUUACUUGCACACCUAAUCCUGUUUUCGUAUGGAAGGAAUGGCAAAUCUGGACCCCCGUUACUAGUAUCCUUUCUGCAUGUUUCGGCAUUUCGAUUACUAGUAUCCCCUACACGUUAUAUCACUUCCAUCUCAUGUUCAUGUCAAUCUUUGCAUCCCUCGUUGCGCCGUUUGGAGGAUUCUUUGCGUCUGGAUUCAAACGUGCUUUUAACAUCAAGGAUUUUGGCCACAGCAUCCCUGGGCAUGGUGGUAUGACAGAUCGCAUGGAUUGCCAGUUUUUGAUGGGUGUCUUCAUCUAUGUUUACUAUAGCAGCCUGAUCCGUGAACAUCAUGUCACGGUGGGUUCGGUGCUACAGACGAUUGUAAGCGGCCUCACGGUGGGUGAACAGCUGGAGUUGAUGGCGGAUAUGAAGCGAUAUUUGGAGGGUCAGGGAAUACGUGUGCCGUGCUGAUUUAUAUGAUAGCGUUCUCUUUGCAAACAUGUCGCA